AUGAGAUUUUUGCUUUUUGUAGCCUUCCUUGUGAUUUUCGCGGAAUGCGCGGCGAAUGGGACUAAGACAACAAAAAAAGGGGAUGGUGAGCCAGUUGUAUGCAAUCAGUACAUUGGACACGGCGCUGUAACUAGCGAUGCUAUCAAGAAACUCGAUGAAAAGCUCGAUCAGCUAAUAAAACUGCUACAGCCUUCUCCUUAUGCAGGUAAUUUAAGAAUUUAUAUAUUCCAUUCUAACACACAGAGAAGCUACUUAUAACUAUUUCUUAUGUAAUUAAACUAAUAACACCUUGAAAAGGAAAUGUAAUGUGAGAUAAUUCAACUUCACCAAAAACAAAGACAUUUUGAAAUAAUUCUUCGAAAGUUUUUGGCUUUUUGUCCUUGAUGUUUCUCUUCUUAAAACUGUAGUAAGACACAAACAAUUUAAGGCGGAACUAGCCGAAAAUGCGAAAAAUGAAGUAAAACUUAGUGCUCGCGGUAUUAUUGAGAUAGGGCUCUAAUUGUCGUCACCAGUACCGUAAACGAGUUGAAAUCAACGGCAAAAAUUGGAUUCAAAUUGAAGUUCCUUGUAUGUGGUCUUCAUAUGGCUAAUAUCAUUUUCUACUGAAUUCCCAACAGCUUCAACGUGCAAGGAGAUUUAUGACAAGAACCUGUAAGUAUAAGGCUGAAGAAAUACAAAUACACCUUAUUUUCGUAGUAAACACAGAGUUAAGCAAGAAAAAUUACCGCGGCCGAAAUCUGCUACUACUCAUAACCCAGAGAAGACGUGGUUUCCAAGACGUCAGUAAGCUUCAGCAAAAAAUGACGUGUACUUUGCGUGUUGAAAAAGAACAGAGAGAAUUCGUAGUAUGGCCCACAAAGGGCAUACAAUCUAAACUUUGUUUUUGACUCAACAGCAAAAGGUUUAUAUCAAAUGAUGACGAGAAUCGUUUACAGAAAGAUCAAAAUUUCUAAAUGUAAAAAACAGUGGAAGUAUGUAACAAAUACAUCAAAACUGUGAAUAUUAUCAAAACUGUGAACAUAUCAUUUCGAGUCACAAAAUUGAAAAGAAAAUACGUGCUGUGAUCAAAAUUAGCGUUUAAAAUCAUAAAAACACUGCGCCAAUCUAGACCUACAGAAAAGAUCUUUUCAUGGACUGGGCUUUCAAGUUCAGAUCGCAAAAAGCUGAAAAUCACAUAGAGUUGCUUCUUAAUUAUCUUCAUGAUUGUAGAAUACAGAAAGCAAAAACUGGUCCAAAAAUGGUAAAAUAAACUAGAAUAACGAUAACCACAGUUUUUUAGAAAAAAGCCAGGAAAUGAGCAAGCACUAACAAUUAUAACGAAAUACUCAAGACGAAGGAUAGUUCAUCAACCAGCAACUUUAUAGGAUUAAGAAAUUUAUCAUUUGAUUAGGAGCGAAGCCCGACACUGGUGAAGAUAGAACACGAGGAAAAAAUUGUGACGCUAAUCGACAAAGUCAGCAAUUACAACCUCGCUUGAUAUCUUUAUAUUUCCACUUCCACUUUCCACUGGAUAUGAAAGACUUCCUUUUUCUGGAACUCUCCAUUUCUAUUGAGCCCUUACUAAGACAGCCUUUCUAUGGCCCCACUGAGAUGAGCGAAAUAUCUCAAAAUGAGGUGAACCAAUGAAGUUGUAUGUUUCACCAGGUCCAAAGGAAAUAAAGAGUACCUUCUGAACGUUGGGUCUGCAAAGAUUCCCGUAUACUGUCACAUGACCAAGCAUGGCCUUGAUGCAUGCGGAGGAGGUGGAUGGACGCUGGUCAUGAAGAUCGAUGGUUCAAAGGUAUUAAAAGUUAAAUUCUCUCACAAGCAGCUCUGUCUACACUGUAAUUUUCAGGGAGUUAUAAUAACUCCUCUAGUGGGGCUAAUUUAACUCCUUACAGUGGAGUUAUUUUUCGUGGAGUUAUUUUAACUCCAAAAAGGAGUUUAAAGAACUCUUUUUCAGGAGUAAAAGUGACCCCAGAUAUUGAGGAGUUAAAAUAACCCCCAAAAAGGAGUUAUCCUGUACCUAAAAUUUUUACUCCACUUUCAGAGUUAAAUUAACUCCAAAAAGAGUAAAAACAACCCAUGUAAGGAGUACAAGUAACCCCAUUUCGGAGUGAUUUUAACUCCAGACUGGGAGUAAAAAGAACUCUUUUUCAGGAGUAAAAAUGACCCGAAAUUCGGAGUUAAAUUAGGAGUUAAAAUAACCCCAAAAAAGGGGUUAUCCUGCACCUAAAAUUUUUACUCCAUUUUUGGAGUUAUAAUAACUCCCUAAAAAUUACGGUGUGUCACCACUUACAUCCGCACUCAGUAAGGUCAACGUAUAUGGCGAGGGGAAUCUAGUAAGUGUUGGUUUGAUAACUGUUGGUUCGAUGAUUUAUCAAUUCAGUGAAGAGACCAUGAUUUUGCUCUGUCUGUCUGUCACUUAAAUUCAGACCAUUAAUUAAGGUCAACAUACAGGGUUAUAGUGGAUCCAGUAAGUGUAGGUUAGAUAACUAUUAGCUCGAUGAGUUAUCAAUUCAGUGAAGACCAAAAUGCUGAUAUUAUAUUUGUCAAAUUAUAAAACAGCAAGGCGAUAGUACGUUAUCAGAAUAACUUACAUGAUGCUUUUUGUUUUUCUUAAAUGUUCUUAGGGAACCUUUCACUACAAAUCUAAACUGUGGAGCAACAAAGUCGACUUCAAUCUUCCAGGAGGGAAGACUGGGUUGGACACUCACGAGACCAAGUUACCGACUUAUUGGAACACACCGUUUAACAAGAUCUGUCUUGGAAUGAAGAUCAGUCAGCAGUUCAAGUCUGUUGUCAUCAACCAUCAAGCCAGAUCCCUGUAUUCACUGAUCGCAGAUGGCAAAUACCGACUUACUUCACUGGGCCGUAACACAUGGAAGAGGCUCAUUGGGUCUCGGGCCUCUUUACAACCCAACUGUAACAAGGAAGGAUUUAACACGCUGUGUGGUGGUGCUAGCAGAGCGAGAAUUGGUUUCGUUGGCAACAACAACAAUGAUUGUAACAGCUGUGACUCCAGGAUCGGGUUUGGCACUGGAGGGUACCCUGAUGACUCCCAUACGUGUGGCAACGCAGCUCAGCAUGGAGGAGAUAAUGGCGACCAGCACAUCAAAGCGAUGGGAUAUAUUUUGGUCCAAUAAGAGCUGUAAUACACAGAAACAGCCUUCAAGCGGCCUUAAAAUGCAUCUAAGAAACUGUUAAUUAUGUUUAAAAAGCGGUCAAAUAAGGAAUUUGUAAAAACAAGGUAGAAUAAAAUUUUGCAUUAAAAGGCCAGAAACUCUGCUUCUUUGAUGACUGAAUGUAGUUCUCUUAUCAUUUUCAUUACAUUAGUAUCGUCUCAGGUCAAAAACUAUAUCCGGAUAACAAGCGCGGAAUGAAGUGUUAUGAAAACUGCUCGAGCCAUGUAAAAAAACUAGCUUGAAUGUCAGACGUCACCUCGAGUCGCAAACGUCUCUCUCGGGAGUUUGCGACUUAACGAAACGGCUGAAAUUCAGGCUAGUAAAAGGCGAGAAAGUUGAUUUUUGUCAACCUUGAAAUUUUGCUUACUUCGUAAAAUAAUUAAAAAGAAAAGAACAAAAGACGAGUUCUAUAGAACAAAGUUAAAAUUUGGCCCACCAGCGGAAAAUGCGUUUUUCGUAACGUUAGACUUAACCAUACUUCAUACAGAAAGAUCACUAAAAACAACAACAAACAAGAAACUAGGACCAAAUAUAAAAAGGAACACAACAAAUAAACUCUGUAAACUCUAUAAACAUUCCUAUAAACAUUGGCCAAAUUUAUACUACAGACGAAUUAUCGGCCUAAUACAAGAUAUCCAUCAGGGACGAAUAAUUCGUCUAGAUAUAAAUCCGAUACUUUGAUGAAUUUUUGGCCAAAAUUCGUCUUCGCUUGAUUCGUUUGUCAGACGUCUGAGGUUGAUAAUCCGUCUUUAAAUUUAUAUCUAGACGGAAAACGAAGACAGAUUUCUGCUCCGUUUUGACUUGAGUUCGCCGCCGUAUCUAUUCAUUCGCAAGGUUUCAUGGGAUAUAAUGUUAAAGAGGGCGCGCCCUGAACAAUGUUAAAAAAAAAGGUCAAGUAAAGACUGUUAAGAAACGCUGUUAACACACUAUUACACUGAAAUACUGCUAUUUUUCUCGAUCUUAUCUGUUGAUCAAAACAGCUCUGAAGGCAGCCAUUUUGUUUAUCAUUCAUGCCCAGUCUUUUAGCAUAAAUGUCCUCUAAAAUUCGUGCUAAAUUCGUCUCAAGAAUUUAUACUUAAAUGAAUCUAUUGUCAGACGAAAAAUUCAUCUCCAGUAUACGUUCAGCCAUUUAGAAAAUUCGCCUGCGGUAUAAAUUCCGCCAUUUUAUUUCGUGGCCGGAAAUAAGUACACAAGAACCACAAUUCAUUUCGUUAUUUAUCUUCAUAUUUCGAUUAGUAACUCAAUGAAGUUUCAAUACAAUAGCCUAAAUUGUAAAAACAAAAACCUGAGGGAUUCUGGUUGCUGACGUCAUAUGACGUCAAGCAAAUGGUCUAUUGUUAAUCAAGUCCACAAUGGUGGGACUUUAAUAAACAACAGAUGGCUCUGUAAACAACAAUCUGGUGGUCGUCAGAAUACUUUAUAAAAUAACUAAGAUAAUGCGCACGUUCUGAUUGGUUAAAAACCUAUGGUUUAUUGUGCCGGUAAACUCAUCGAAAACUUCAAGUUAUUUUAUCAAAGCAUUAGACCACACUUUUUAUGGGUUUAUCGGCGUGAAAACCCACUUGGGAUGUUGGGAGAACACUCGAAAAGCUUGUAAAUCACUCGCCUUGGGCUCGUGAUUUACAAGCUUUUCUUGUGUUCUACCAACAUCCCGCGUGGGUUAUCACGCCGGUAAACCCAUAGAAACUGUGGUCUAUUGCUUAAGUAAACGAUGAAGUUUGUGUGCUUUCAGCAAAAUCUUUAAGUCUCUAAGAGCUACUUCAAGGGAGUAUGAAAUUAUUUUACCAUAACUUCUUAUUUUUAUCAGCAUUUACUUGGCAAUUCAUUGGACUUCUUCAGUGACAAUGCUAACAUAUUUGACAGGUCAUUACAAUUGUAUCUAUUUACUUAAUAGCCCAGCUGCACCGUUCGGGAUAGUAGACAUAAAUUUCGCUAACCAUAUCAUAGAGUUUAUAAAUCAAGAUUUCUUGGCUUAGUUUUGCAAUACAAAUGGAAAAGUAAUUGGCCUUUGUCUAUGGUAUAAAUUCCCCAAACACAUUGCACAUUACAAAAAAUGCUUGUCUACAGAGGAAUUGUAACCAGACGAAUACCUUUUUCAAAUCUUUGCGAAUGUUUGACCUUCUUGUUUACGUCUUUCAAAGUACUGUUGGAAACUGUACUGAUAGGCCUGUUCCGUAAAGCCCGCGUUUUUCAACGUUUUCUUGUUCGUUCGAACCAGGACAACGAACCAGGAAAACGAGCAACUAGUUUUGCACCAUUGGUUUACUGAAACCGAGUUAUAAAGCUGCGAUAUUGUGCGUAUUAGCAGCCACCAGUCAAACCAGUCUUGCAGCAAAUCAGGUUGUUUCAGAAUGUAGAAAGUAGUUUUAUUAUAUACAUACUGAGAAAUACUCACCAAAAAGCUAUGUCGUAAAUUUUCGUACGCAAAUUAGUUCUAGCCAAUCAGAGAAGCGAACGAUGGUUUUCACACGUGAAAAAAUGAUACGUCCAAUCAGAAUCGCGAACGAUGUUUUUUCACGUGUGAGAAAAAUGACACGUCCAAUCAGAAGCCACAGAGGUGUGUGAGUUUCGCGCCAAAAUUCCCGCCUUUUAUUGCAGCUUGCAGCGCCGCUUCGCACACCUUCAACGACAAAAGUUUUACUUAAAGAGUUUUUCUCGCUAAAAAAGUGAAAAACAUUUCGGAAAUGGAGUGGAAUAGUUUCGUUUGUUUCACUGUCGAUAAAGAAAACGGUAGAGAGCCGGCAAAACAAUAGCGGAAAGGGAAAAACAGAACGAGAUGUAAGCUUUUGUUGUGCUUUUUGUCGGAGCUACUUUGCCUUUCACUUAAGCUUAAGCUUAUAUUGAAACUGGCCAUUUUACUUCAAUUCACUCAUUUUCUAUUGUGCAUUGAGAACAAACAGUUAAGAUUACUUAUAGUUCUUGGAUUACCUCAUAUCCUUACCGUCAUUUAUGUUUUUAACAAACGUUUUUACUAAAAAGCUGAUACUUCGUUUUCGUUGUCAUUUUGCGUCCAUUUUACUUAAAUUCACUCAUUUUCAAUUGUGCAUUGAGAACAAACAGUUAAGAUUACUUAUAGUUCUUGGAUUACCUCAUAUCCUUACCGUCAUUUAUUUUUUUUAACAAACGUUUUUACUAAAAAGCUGAUACUUCGUUUUCGUUGUCAUUUUGCGGUAAGUGUGUAGCGGCAAAUUUUAGCAUUUUUUGAAAGAUUUAAAAUAAAAAGGCCGCCAAAAUGAUUAAUGUCUCAGAAUGUAUAUAAUAAACACAAUACCACAUGGAAAGAGCUUUGUACGGUAUCUACGCACUUGUUGUUUUUGUAUCAGAAAUCGAACGAGUGAGUGCAGCGAACGAGUUCGAUUUCUGAUACGUCAACAACUCGUGCGUAAAUACCGUACGCCAGCACUUUCCAUGAAGUAUUCUCUAUCUACUGUUUGCAACCUGCGCGGAACAUCGCUUUCAACUCCUUUUGCAGCAAAGACCCAAAACAAGUUGCUCUUAUUACUGUACCUUUACUGUUCGAACGAACUUAACCUAAAAGAAUCUUUUAGAACAACAAAUUGCUCGAGACAAAACAAUCUAGUGCAAAAAGAAACAGUCCAGCCUUUCUUCAAGAUAAAUAUUUGCCUCCAAAACAGACUUUUGAAAAUUAUUUUUAGGAACAUUUUUACUAACUAUGUCUGGUUACUUGGACACAGUUUUAUUAACCAAGCGGGUUGCCGUUAAUAUCGACAACUGGUUCUGGUCUCCAACACAAGUCAACUGUUUAGAGGUCAAUAAACAGAGAAAACCUCAUAGAAAAAUUGUAGUUAUUCAGUCUCAUUUGGCUUCCACAAUGAAGCACUGGCUUUUUGAAACGUUGCUCCUGUUUCUUGCGGCAUACCAAGCAAACGGUGCUAAAAUUACCAACAGCACGAAUAGCGCUCACGCCCAAAGAGACGGUGAAACAGUUGUGUGCAAUCAGUACAUUGGAACAGACGUUGGAACUAACGACGCUAUCAAGAAACUCGAUGAAAAGCUGGAUCAGAUAAUUAAACUGCUACAAACCUCUCCUAAUCAAAUUAAGAUUAUUACUUUUAAAAAAUAUCCUCCAUUUAGAAACAGAUAA